CCGUCUUCUGUUCCUGGUGCUGGCAUCUUUAAUGUGGGCACCCGGCUAUGACAGUUUGCGGCUUCACAGCCGGGUGCCCACUGCACAUGCGUGAGAAGCACAGCACUUUGUGAAUGGCCCCAUAGUCUUUUGGGACCUGUCACGUGUCCCAAAAGACUACGAGGAGGGAGGUAUGCAGUCUCUGUCUCCGGUAAUCUCCUGUACUGUGUCCGCAGUCUCUGGUCAUCUCCUGUACUAUGUCCACAGUCUCUGGUCAUCUCCUGUACUGUGUCUGCAGUCUCCGGUAAUCUCCUGUACUGUGUCCGCAGUCUCUGGUCAUCUCCUGUACUGUGUCCGCAGUCUCUGGUCAUCUCCUGUACUGUCUGCAGUCUCUUGUCAUCUCCUGUACUAU